AUGAGCUCGGAUCAAACUCGUCGAAACUUACCAGAAGAACCUUCUGAGUCAAUUGUUCAACGUAGCGAUCAUACAACAAACACUAAUGAAACAAUGUCUUUUUCUAUGCUCUUGCCAAUUUCUCAUGGACAUAUCGAAAGAAACGAUUGGAAAAGCUAUAUUAAAAGUGUUAGAGACAAUGACAUUAAUUGGGUGAAUCAAUAUAUCAAGCGUGGAGGUGAUUUAAACAAUCCAAUAGUACCUCAAGGUGCAAUACAUUGUGCCGUAUUCUAUAAUUUUAUGGAGAUGUUAAAAUUGUUGCUUGAAGCUGGUAUCAAUGUUAAUCAACAAGAUGAAGAUGGCGAUACAGCAUUACAUUAUGCAGUAGGAGAAACAAAAAACAUUGAAUGUAUCAAUCUACUCUUAAGUUAUGGUGCAUGUCCAUUUAUUAAAAAUUAUUCAUCGAACGAAGAAACUCCAAUAGAUUUGGCUAUUCGACAGAAUCACAGAGAAAUUAUUGAAUUACUAACAGAAAAUAUUGAUCUUACAAAACGCUUAUGUAAAGCAGCUGAAAAUGGUGACGUUGAUCUCGUUUACAAUUUAUUAACAACAACAAAAGUUAAAAUCAAUGGAAUUUCACACGAAUUUGUUAAUCCAUUGCAUGAAGCAUCAUUAGCUGGUCAUUUAUCUGUAGUCAAACUUUUGAGUCAAUUUAAUGCUAAUAUUAAUGCUAAAACAACAUCAGAAUCGACAAGAUAUAAUACACCAUUGCAUUGCGCUGCAACAAAAGGUCAUCUCGAUAUAGUAAAAUAUUUACUUGAAAAAGGCGCAGAAAAAGAAAUUCUUAACAUAAAUAAACACACUCCAUUGCUUUGUGCAAUUAUCAUGGAAAGAACGAAUGUUGCUGAGUAUUUAAUUAGAAAUGGUUGUGAUGUAAUGGCACGAGAUUCAGUCAGAAAAACACCACUUCAUUGGGCAUCAUUCUUUGGUCUCAACGACAUUAUUUUAUUGUUAUUGGAGCAUGGAGCAGAUAUUAAUGCAUUAGCUGAUUUUGGACAACCUCCAUUGCAUUGUGCUGUUGGAUAUCCAUUUCGUACUGAAACGAUUAAAUUACUCAUAGAAAAAGGUGCCAAUGUCAAUUUAAAAAAUGAAAUGGGCCUUACAAUUCUUGACUAUUGCCACAACAACAAUCCAAAUGACACAGAACUGAUUCAAUUUGUUAAACAACAUGUCUCAUAA